AUGUCGAAGGAUCUAGGAGAGGAAUAAGGGUUAUCAGGCUAAUCAUCUAGAUCAAACUCUCCUGAAUAGUCUAGGAGGAAAAAAUAGUUUUAAAUCGAUUUUUUUAUUGAGUGGAAAUACAUCGAAUAAGAUGAAUUGAAAAAUAUUUUAGAGGAUGUGAAAGUACCAUAAUUAGCAACAUUUAGUCACAAUAUGACGUCACGUCUAUUUAGCUGAAUCGAAAUAAUCAAAUUCCUGGGUUAGAGGGCACAGCAUUUUCAAUUAUUGAAUCUGAUGAUAGCAAAUUAAAUUUAUAACUUGAAGCCGUCAACAAAAUACUUUCAUCAAUUGAGUAAAAGAAAAAUCCUACUUUUGAAAUGAUGAUGUUGAUACCUGAAGGUAUAGAAAUUCUAUAAACACUAGGAACUGUGUCAUAUUUAAUUGGUGCAUCUGGAAAGUAAAUUAAAAAUAUUCAACUUGAAACAAAAACUGAUGUUGUGGUCAAUAAUGCCAUAAACAAAUUUUCCUUACGAUCAGUGAAGAUAGCUGGUGAGGAUCUUAUGAUAAUCAUUUAGGUUAGUCAGAUUGCAUCUAUAAUGCUAUUAAAUUAAUAAUAAAUAAAUUGCAUCAAAGAGGAAUUACAGAAGACGACUACAUCAAGAGAGCUGAGCCAAUAGAUCCAGGAAAGGUUGUUACUAAGGUAUGUGACAUUAUUAAAGAGGUUUAACUUGUCUUCACUGAAAUAAUUGUUGACUACAUUCUCAAAAAUAAAGAACUAGAGAAAAAAUAUUAGAUAAAAAUGAAAGCUAAAAGUAUUAAUGAAAUACCAAUCAAAGUAUUGAUGAUAUCGAUUACUAUUUAGAAUAAACUAAAGAAGGAUGAAGAAAUAUUACAGUUAGUUGGAACAUUGAAAAAUGUGCAAGAAGCAAUUAAAUCUAUGAUUCGGAAAAUAAGUUCAUAAUUCAAGAGACUGGAAUUUGAUGUAAGAGUAGUGAUGCCUUCUAAUUUUGCAUCCAAAUUGAUAGGAGCGAGUAUAUUAUAAUGAUUUAUGACUUUUUCAAAGAGGGUUGCCAAAUAAAAGAACUUGCAAACAAAGCCAAAGGAGCAUAAAUAAAAGUUAUGUCUGAUAAAGAUGACUCAGAUAUCGGAUAAUGUAUUGUUAUUGAAUAUACGUAAUUAGAUUGUUUGGUUUAAGUGAUUGGAUCAGUGGAACAUAAAUUAGAGGCUGCAGUGUUAAUUUUGGAAUAGAUAGAAUGUUUUAAAAAUGGAGGACCUGUAUUUAAAUAAUUAAAAAGAUCCUUGAGAGCGGAAAGUACAUUAAUGAAAACUUUGCUUAACAAUACAAAAAUUCAGUAUCGAUCCAAGAUAUCAAGCAAAAGAGGUUCAACAUUAUUUUAAUAUUUCUCAGAUAGAAAUCCUCAUCCUCCAGAUCAAGUAGAAGAUUGAGAUCCAGAUCAGAUUCAAACAAAAGACAUAAAAAAUAAAAAAAAUCUAGAUCGACUAGGUACAUCUAAUCAAUAGACAAGUUCAAACUAACGAAAAACCAAACAAAAUCCAUUUUAGGCAAAGAUAGUUGUUCCAAUGAAUUUAAUAGAAUAAAUGAGGAAAAAAUUAAAUAGGAUUGGAAAAGAAGAAGGAGUUAAUAUAUAAGCUGAUAAUAAAGUAUCAAUCACUCAUAGAUUAUUGUUAGGAGUACAGAGAUGAGUUUGUCCUAAAAUUGAGAGGUGAAAUGAAAAAUUGUUUGAAUGCAAUCUAGUAUAUAUUAAGUGAAUAAUGUAAAUUAUAAAGAAGAUGAAAAUCC